AUGGCCACCCCAUCCCCUCUCCUAGCCCUCCCCCUCGAAAUCCGCGAGCAAAUCUACACCCACCUCCUCUCGCCCGCCACCGCCCGCCGCGUCCUCCACGACGACUACGUCCGCUACCGCUACAGCCUGACCGUCUUCCUCACCAACCACCAGAUCUACACCGAGGCCCGCACCGUCUUCACCCGGCUGAACCACUUCGUCGUCCUCGAAACGCCCUGGGAAGCCGAAACGCACGUCGCGCACGAGCACCGCGUACCGAUCGUCGCGUCUGGCUUGCGCGCGACCAAAUGGGCCAGAUACUGGGACGCGGUGCUGGCUGUGCGGAUCGAUGCGCCGGAGUUUGCGGAGAGCGGCGAGGCGGUGGAGGGAGAGGCGGAGGAGGUGCAUAAGCUGGUCCUGCUGGCGGGGGAUAUUGGCAGGUUUGCGAGCAUGUGGUUUUACUCGGAUCUGAGCUAUCCGGGGCUGAAUGAGCGGUUGAGGCUCACGCUGAGGCUGAGGAAGGGGGUCGUGAAGAGGGUGCAGGAGAAGCUGCUCGAGCCGUUUGGGGCGGUCAAGGGGCUCUUGGAGACGAGGGUGUUGGGGGAAUGGGAUGGGGAUGUAGAGCGCGCUUUGCGGGCCGCGAUGGCGGUGCCGCAUAGCCCGCCGGAGAAGUGUCUAGAGGAAGCGACGAAGCUGAAGGAUGCGGGGAACGCGGCGCUCCAGGCACAGCGGUACAGGGAAGCGAUCACGCUGUACGAGCAGGCGUUCACGGCGAUGCACAUCGUCGUUGAGGGCCGCCGUCGCGCCGUCUGGGCCGGGCCGUACUUCGAGCGGGAGAUCACAGCGGGCACAUUCGCGGGCCAGUACGCGCAGAUGGUGCGGCUGAUCCUGCGGGUAAAGCUGGUCGCCAACACGCUUCUCGCCUACAUGAAACUGGAAGAUUGGGAGGAAGUGAAAUUCUGGGGCAUGCGUUCCAUCAACCUGAUGGAGGACUAUCGCGGCGAGGCGGUCGAGCCUAUGCGGGGGUUUGCGGCGGCGAAGGAGUUGGGCAAGAUUUACUACAGGACGGGCGUCGCGUGGAAGAUGCUGGGGGAUGAGGCGGAGGCGAGGAGGCUGCUAAGGACUGCGGAGGUGUAUUUGCCAAAUGAUGAGAUUGUGAAGAAGGAGCUUGCUUCGGUUGCGCUGAUGCUUGAGUAG